AUGUCGUCAGGUGAUACGCAAGCCGAGGGGUGGAAUUGCACAUCCUACCCGGCCUUGGUAGCAAACCCUGAUAUUGGAGGUAUCGGAACAAUAUUGACAUUUGUUAUUUCAGUAUACCUCACUUUAAUAUGUUGUGUGGCCAAGGCUAGAAUCGACCAUAUUCGUACUCCAAAUAAAGAUACACCUAGAUUGGAUCUUUGGUCGUAUGCCCUCGGAAAUGUAAUUCUAAAUUUCAGCGACCAACAAGUCGUUUUAGGGAUCGCGGUCCUCAUAGCAGGAAUAUCUCAAUUAUCUUCGGGACUUGAUUCUUAUCACUGGCAAACGGUAUUAAAUCUUGCUUGGUUCUCGAGCUUUACACACAUACUAACUCUCACAGCUUUAAGGGCAGAAAAUCGCUCUAAUAAUAAGAUCAAAGUCAUCCGCGUAGUUGCUAUGGGAGUUCUAGUAGUUAUACUAAUGUGUAUGGUGUAUACUGCUGGAUGGGUCAGUGGAAAAGUGAUAGAUGCAUCUCCAAAGGAUUCCAAAAGUAGUCCUCCAAUGAGUUUCCCAGCAUGGUGUCUUUUUCGGCCAAAAACUCCAUGGAUGUGGCAAAAUCAUCUACUAGACAUCCAGUACAACUGGAUUUAUGUUGUACUCGCUUUUAUCAUACUAGUUUUCAGUUACUCCACAAGGGCAUUGUUAUUAUACUUUGAAAGUAUUGGUCAAGUCAUGACAAUGACGGCUAAAUUACUAUGGCUUGAUAAGGUAGCCAGCCGCCUCGGAAUCACGAACAUGAGAUCAAUAGGAUCAAGGUUAAAUGGGAUGGGAAGACGAAAAUGGAGCUAUAGACUUCUACGAUCUCUAUAUGUAAUAUCUCUUGCCUGUAGGCAGACUUUUGAUUCAACGAUAUGGGAGCUGGGAUGGCUCUCUUUUGCUCUUGUUUGGGGCACAGUUCGUAUAUUUAAUAUUCGAGAACUUCCAAAUUCUUAA